AUGUCUCACAAGGAUACUAUCGCAAGUGAGGUCGUAUCGGCCUCCCUCGGAGGUGCAAUCUCAGCGUCCAUCUUGUAUCCACUGGAAGUGUUGAAAACCAAAAUGCAGGCAUCUGGCGAUACCACGGAAGAAGACGAGGAGAAAAAGGGAAUGGUUGAAUAUGCCAAAGAUUUGUACGAGAAAGAAGGUAUGGCUGUCUUCUUUAAUGGCAUCGAGACCUCUGCGUUCCAAUCUGCAACGGAGAAGGCUUUCUAUUUCUUCGCAUACACCACGUUGAAAAACGUUCAUUCCGCAUUUCGAAGCAUCAUAGACCCACGAAAUGCAAGCAAACCAAUUGGUGGAAUCACAAACCUUGCUCUUGGAUGUCUGGCAGAAUGGGCACAUUUGCCAGUUACCAUGCCGAUUGAUUGUCUUACUACUGCCAUCCAAACAUCUAAAAACGAAAAUGCCAUGGCACUCAUGAUGACAAUUUUAAAAGAAGGAAAUAUGUACAAAGGUAUCCAAGCCUACUACGUUUUGUGCUUCAAGCCUGCAUUGCAGUAUACAGUUUUUGAGCAAAUCAAGGGAAUCAUGCUGAAAUCACGCAAGGAAAAGACUUUGUCGGCAGCAGAGGCAUUUUUGUUGGGAAUGGUUGCAAGAGCAGUGGCUACUGUUGCUGUCUUUCCUUUUGUUAGAGCAAAGGUAGUUAUGCAAAGCCGAAAGAAAGACCCGUCACAAGAGGGAAAGGAAACCUCGGUUAUCGAGCUGCUGAAGGAAACCCACGAAACUGGAGGUAUCCCUGCACUGUAUCAAGGUUUGGGCCCAGAAUUGACGCGAGGUGUUUUCAGUGCCGCACUGAUGCUCAUGAUCAAAGAAAAGAUCAGUGGUGGAGUAAAGACUGCUCUUUAUGGCCCAGCCCCAGCUGGCCGGAGGCUAUAA